AUGUGUGGACGCUUUGUUUGUUUUUUAAAUCCUGAGCAGAUAGUUGAAAGACUUCAUAGGGAUAACUAUUGUUGUGAAGAUGUUCAAGUCGACUGUCAAGACUUUAGGCCGAGUUAUAAUGUUGCGCCAAAACAUCAAAUUGUUACUUUAUAUGAAAACAAUAAUCAAAAGUCUCUUAAAACAAUGGAAUGGGGAUAUGUUCCUUCUUGGAUAAAGAAACUACCUAUCAAUCGACCAAUCAAUGCAAGACAAGAGACGCUGGAACAAACAAAAGGGUUUUAUGUCUCAUCCAAGGAUACCCAUCGAUGUGUUGUUGUUGCGGAAGGGUUCUAUGAAUGGAAAAAAUUGGGUAAUGGUACAAAGCAACCUUAUUAUAUCAAAAGGAAGGAUGGUCAAUUGAUGAUGUUUGCUGGAUUAUAUGACAUCAAUGAACUGACAGAUAAAUCAUAUACAUGUGCUAUCGUCACUACAGAAGCAUCCAAAGAAUUUUCUUCUAUUCAUACUCGAAUGCCUGUCAUUUUAAAUCAAGAUCAAGUGAAUACAUGGAUUGAUGGCUCAAUACCUUGGUCAAGCCGAGUUAUUGACUUGAUGAAGUCAUUUGAAGGAGAAUUAGAAUCCUAUCAAGUGACAGAUAAAGUGGGAUCUGUCAAGAAUGAUUUCCCAGGCUUGGUGAAGCCCAUAGAUAGCCAAAGAGGCUCUAUCUCACAAUUCUUAAAGCCACAGUGUCCAGAUGAAGAAAAGAACAAGGAGAUUGCACCUUUUGAUAUGGAUGAUACGAACAAAAAGAGGAAAUCAAAUCAGCAAGAGAAAAUUACGCAUUUCUUUAAUAACAAUAAUAAAAGGAAAAGAAAUUAA